CCCCCCCUCCCCCCCUCUCUCUCAAUCGACGAUCGACUAACUCUCUGUCUCUCGCUCUCACUCACGAUGGACUGACUGUAUUUGACGCCGAUCGACGACGGGUAUCUCCUCUUUCACCUCCAACGACCUGUAUUUGACCCCGAUUAGCCCAACUCAGUCGACAGCCCCCCUAUCUCUCUGUGUCCAAGUACAGCGGGAGUCACAGGACAUAUAAUGGAGGCUCAGUUGCAGGAUGAGAUAUCACCCAAUCCACGAGUUAGAGCGACACUGCACCUUGGAUCAGAAACUUAUUCUGUUCAUGUGAAGAAGGGAAUUCUUUCUGAACAAUUGGUUUCAAUGAAGGAGGAGAGCAUGAGCAUCCUGAAGGAGUUCAUCACUAAACACAACGUUCCAAACGAUGACCCUGAUGAGCCAGAUGAAAUUUCCUCAGAAGAUGAUGGUGAAAUCCCUGAGAAGUCUUCUGUGAAGUCAAAGAAGCGAAAAUAGUUUUUCUUACUUUAGGGAUUAAAUUGCACAACAAAACAUUUGUGGUAUCUGAGAAUAUUUGUUAGUCAAUCAUGAGUUGUAGGUAAUAUCUAUGUCUGUUUAGGCAACAUUGCAAGUUCUUGCAAAAUUGUAUUAGAGAAAUACUUCUGAGAAUGUGUUGGUGGUCAUUCUUGCUUCUGGUAUGAUUUCUUCGUACAUCACCUAGCAUUUUGGAAGCCCUUCCCUUGCUUUUGUUUCACCCUUUUAGAUACGUGGCUUUAAUUUUUGCUCUUUCUGUUGAGGCCAGAGCCAUUUUAACCUACUGAGAAGCAGAAGGGGGUAAGGAAAGGUGGGGGAGUGCAAGAGAAAGUGAGAGUUCCACAGGG